AGCACAGCUAGGAAAGAGGCAGAGCAGCAGCAGCUGGUAUUCGGGUGAUUAAGUAGUUCUCAUUGCCUCUUUGCUGUUCGGUGACUGCUCCCUGGUGUAAUUCCUAUGUCCGAAAAGGAAGCUGCAUUUUAACGGUGUGCUGAACAGAGGUUUGAAUCGUUCCAGCUGGCUGCUUAUUCCGAAAAGGACUGUGUGUGUAUAAAUAAAAUGUGACUGUUCCAAAGGAAUCCAGCGGACAGGGAGCAGAGCAGAAGGAGUGCUCCCGGGAUACUAUUCAAGCAGUGGGUAUGAUAUUUGCAACAAAAAAGGGACAACUCCUGCCUUGCCGGGAACUGGAUGAAGACAUCUCAACACCAGACUCUCCUUUCCCCUCAUGGACCGUUACUUGAAAAUAAAUUCUCUUUGGAUAAUGUUAAUUGUCUCCUCCAUUGAUUAUUGGCAACUGGCGCAUUCAGAGAAGACGGCUUCCAAUAUAGAUUUCCGACUCUUUGGACUUCCAGCUCUCAGAGUUUCAUAGUUUUGAACACCCCCCUUAUAAAUGCAUUGCAAUGGUCACAUGAACAUUUGGAGAGUGGUUCUGACACCAUCACUUGGUCUGUUUAUAAUGGCACUUUAGAAGGAAGAAGCCAAUUGUUAUUGUGUGUUUUUAGUAACUAAAUGAACAAACAUAAAGUGCUGCAAAAAACAUGAAUCUUAUUGUGAAGCUUCGUAGAAGUUUUCGAACACUGGUCGUUCUCUUAGCCACCUUCUGCUUAGCGAGCAUAGUCAUUUCUGCUUAUUACUUGUAUACAGGUCACAAGCAGGAAAUAGCCCUCAUUGAUACCACAGGAGGGGCAGAGUGUGAGGAUCUUAAACUCUUGCCAUACAGGUCAAUGGAGCUUAAAACGGUGAAGCCCAUCGAUCCAUCGAGGACUGACCCGACUGUGCUGCUCUUUGUGGAAAGCCAGUACUCUCAGCUCGGCCAAGACAUCAUAGCCAUUCUGGAGUCAAGUCGGUUUCAGUUUCAGAUGGUGAUUGCAUCAGGAAAAGGGGACCUUCCUCCACUGGCAGACAAUGGCAAAGGGAAAUACAUCCUUGUAAUCUAUGAAAAUAUUUUGAAGUACACCACCAUGGAUUCAUGGAAUAGAGAACUCCUGGAAAAAUACUGUGUGGAAUACAGUGUUAGCAUAAUUGGUUUUCAUAAAGCCAAUGAGAACAGCUUGUCGAGCACUAAACUCAAAGGAUUUCCAUUACAUCUCUACAAUAAUGCAGCUCUGCAAAACUGCUUAGUAAACCCCCAGUCUCCUCUGCUUCACAUUACCAAAGCCCCAAGGGUUGAGAAAGGCCCAUUACCUGGUGAGGACUGGACCAUUUUCCAAUAUAAUCACUCCACUUAUCAACCAGUGCUUUUAACAGAAUUCCAAGCUUCCAAACCAUUCCCAGUAACGCUGCCUAAGGCUUCUCUCUAUGCCACAGUGAUUCAGGACCUGGGACUUCAUGAUGGGAUUCAAAGAGUUCUUUUUGGAAACAAUUUGAACUUUUGGCUGCACAAACUCAUUUUUAUAGAUGCCAUCUCCUUCCUGUCAGGGAAGAGGCUUACAUUGUCCUUGGAUAGAUACAUUCUUGUCGACAUCGAUGACAUCUUUGUUGGGAAGGAAGGGACAAGGAUGAAUGUUAAAGAUGUGAAGGCCUUACUAGAGACUCAAACUUUACUACGCACUCAGGUUGCAAAUUUUACCUUCAACCUUGGAUUUUCAGGAAAGUUUUACCACACAGGAACCAUUGAAGAAGAUGAAGGUGAUGAUCUCUUGUUGAGUUCUGUGGAUGAGUUCUGGUGGUUUCCUCACAUGUGGAGCCACAUGCAGCCUCAUCUCUUCCACAACGAAUCAUCCCUGGUAGAACAGAUGAUCCUCAACAAGGAAUUUGCACUAGAACAUGGUAUUCCAACUGACAUGGGCUAUGCAGUGGCUCCACACCAUUCUGGCGUCUACCCUGUUCAUAUUCAGCUUUAUGAAGCCUGGAAGAAAGUCUGGGGUAUUAAAGUCACCAGCACUGAAGAGUACCCUCAUCUGAAACCUGCACGGUACAGGCGGGGCUUCAUCCACAAUGGCAUCAUGGUGCUCCCUCGGCAGACGUGUGGACUUUUCACCCACACAAUUUUCUACAAAGAAUAUCCUGGAGGCCCUCAAGAACUAGACAAAAGUAUACGAGGAGGUGAACUGUUUCUUACCAUCCUUCUCAACCCCAUUAGUAUCUUCAUGACUCAUUUGUCUAACUACGGGAAUGACCGUUUGGGUUUGUACACGUUUGUCAAUCUGGCCAGCUUUGUUCAGAGCUGGACAAACCUGAAGCUGCAGACCCUGCGUCCCAUUCAGCUGGCUCACAAGUAUUUCGAGCUCUUCCCUGAGCAGAAAGACCCACUCUGGCAGAAUCCAUGUGAUGACAGACGACAUCGGGAUAUCUGGUCCAGGGAUAAAACGUGUGACCACCUACCAAAAUUUCUUGUGAUCGGACCUCAGAAAACAGGAACAACAGCGCUUUAUUUAUUUCUCCUUAUGCAUCCUUCCAUCAUUAGUAAUCUCCCUAGUCCCAAAACCUUUGAAGAGGUUCAGUUCUUUAAUGGCAACAACUAUCACAAGGGAAUUGACUGGUAUAUGAAUUUUUUCCCUACUCCUUCCAACCUCACCACUGAUGUCGUGUUUGAGAAAAGUGCCAACUACUUCCAUUCAGAAGACGCUCCCAGGCGUGCGUUCUCCUUGAUGCCCAAGGCAAAAAUCAUCACCAUUCUCAUUGAUCCAUCAGACCGGGCAUAUUCCUGGUAUCAGCACCAGCGUUCUCAUGAGGACUCAGCUGCCCUAAAAUUCAAUUUCUAUGAAGUGAUUACUUCAGAUGACUGGGCACCCAGUGACCUGAAGGCUCUACAGAAAAGAUGUUUGACCCCUGGCUGGUAUGCUAUCCACAUAGAAAGGUGGCUAACACACUUCCCCACUUCACAGUUGCUAAUAAUUGAUGGACAGCAGCUAAGAAGUGACCCAGCAACCGUAAUGGAUGAAGUUCAAAAGUUUUUGGGAGUUUCUCCUCAUUAUAAUUAUUCAGAAGCCCUAACGUUUGACCCUCAGAAAGGGUUUUGGUGUCAACUACUAGAAGGAGGAAAGACAAAAUGCCUGGGGAAAAGUAAAGGCCGAAAAUACCCACCAAUGGAUCAAGAGUCUAGGGCAUUCCUUUCAAACUACUACAGAGAUCACAAUGUGGAACUAUCCAAACUGCUGCACAGACUGGGACAACCAUUGCCAUCGUGGCUAAGACAAGAACUUCAGAAAGUGAGAUAGCAAAGAGACACCAAAGCGCCGAUGCCCUGCUUUUUUCACUCUCCACGUUCCCAGUUCACGUCCGAUUAUUAGUGAAGGAUCUCAUGAAUAAUUCUUUCUCAAGAGCAAAAUUUUAAAACACAGACACACACAACCAGAAAAGAGCAAAAUUGUUAAAUAUGCACAGGCUGACAGUUAUUAGUAGCGGUUUUUAGUCAGCUUCUGGGGAAAGAUUUUGAGCUAUGAGGCAUUAUUCUUUAUCCAGUCUGGGGCCCAGACUUAUUCUGUUUACCAGACAGUCACAGAAACUGUAUGUAUGAUCGAUAGUCUUCAUCCUAUAUGACAAAUUACAGUCUGUCAAGACACAAGCAAAGGAUGGAAACAUCUCUCGGUGGAUUGCGAGGUUUGUAAUUUCCUUGACAACUGCAAUUUUAGUCUGCUUCUAUAUCCCUCCCUCCUUUGUUAUUUUGGGGCUCAUCUUGCAGCUAGCCAGUAAAAUGAAGGCAGUUAAUUCUCCGAGGGUCUGCAUUCCUGUAGGUAUGCUUUCUGCUUGUUUUAUUCCUUCUUCUUAAUAAUACAGAACACUCUUCAGUCAGAAAAGAUGGAGAUAUGGGCCAGCAGAAGCUCAAGUCUGUUGUUGUAGCAUGUUUCUUAAGAAGACGUUGCUGCUUACGAAGUUGCAGCUGCUAUGCAGUGUUCAUUAUUCCACAUGGUGGCCACCAGCUUGUGUAUAGCAUCUCGGCCUCAGGUUGGCAGUGUUGAGUGGUUGUAGCAAUAAUAACUGUCUCACCUAUGUGCUGUGCCACUUCACACAAGAAACUGGUCCUGUGGCAAUGACUGCCUCAUUGAGUCAGUGGUGCCAUUAGGUGAUUUUAGACUCAAGACAUAACAGUUUUACAAGGGCUCCCCUCUUUAGAUGGCGCUGUGUCUCUCUUAAUUUUCAAAUAUGGUAAGACAACAACACUGCUGUGUUUAGGGGCCUCCUGCACAUUCUGGGCUUCUUCCCUAAAACCCUAUCUUCCUAGUACCAGUAUGUGGAGUGACUUCAAGCAACCUCCAUAUGGUGAAUUUCCCCAUGAAUUGCCUCCUACCACUGGUGGAGGAAGAGGGGUGCGGGGGGAGC